ACCGGAAUUGCGUUGGCAUUUGUUGAAUAUUUUGUUUUCAAUCUAGUGCCUUACUCUUUUAAGGCCGUCGAAUUUUGAGAUUCGGCGCCACUUAUAUUUAAUUGUUUGUAAAAAUACCCAUGUGUAAAAAACAAUGCACUUAACACGAUUGUAAAACUUAGCAUGACUUUUAACAUUUCAACAAACGUACCGAAAUUACUGUUUCAAGUACUGGUCAUCUAGCGCGGCAAGCCUACGUGGCAAUAUUAAAUGACUGUAAGUUGUAAAUGCGCCUGUUUUUAACUCGGUUAAUUAUACUCGAGUUUGAUAACGAUUAGUCCUGCAUUGUAUACCCGGUAUUGGAUAUGUCAAUAUGUCAUCAGGUCAGUCCAUCUCAACGGAGCCAGGGUCUUGGUCUUUCGCGAAAACGGACAAGCUAUAAAACACGAGUGGGUGAACACCUUGGUGUAUGGCCCUUACAAUUACUUUUAAGAGGUCCAGAUGGUGUGUUCCUUUCUAGAGAGGUCAAGACUUCGGGGUCGUCAGCGUAUAAAAGUGACCGCUGUUCCGGCGCAUUUAUUCAGAGUAGGAGAUUAACGGCAAGUCAAAAUGGAUGCGAAACUUCUUGUCAUCGCUACGAUCGCCUUCGGUCUGGUAUCCGCGGACCUUCUCUACCUGAACAUGCCCUCGAAUCAGUCGAGCCGAAUCAUCAACGGCCAGCAGGCAACACAGGGGGAGUUCCCGCACCAGAUCGCCCUCCUGAACAACAACUACCACUCGUGCGGAGGAUCCAUCAUCGCCAACGGCUGGGCGUUGACGGCGGCACACUGCGUGGAAGGACAGUCUACUGUCAACUUGGCUGUUAUUGUUGACCUCCACGACUACAGCAAUCCUGGCAACUACAUCUGGUUCUAUAUCCAGCAAAUCAUCAUGCACCCCAGCUACAACCAAGGCCCCGGCGGGUUCCCGAACGACGUAGCGCUCCUGAAGCUGGACAAUGUCAGAACGCCUUUCAACAUCUCGAAGAACAUCAUCGAGCUGGCAACCAGCAACCAGAACUUCCAGAAUCAAAUCUGCGUCAUCAGCGGAUGGGGAACCACAGAGACCGGAAGUGGUGCCACGUUGCUGAUGAAGACGAAUGUCCGGGUCCUGUCUUCGACGGAGUGCCGCUCAGCCUGGGGCGCCAGUAACAUCCUGUCUCAGCACGUGUGCGUCAAGGGAGAGGACACUGCCAACGGCUCCGGAUCGUGUAAUGGCGAUAGCGGCGGUCCGCUGGUAUGCGGCGGACGACUUGCCGGUGUGACGUCAUGGGGACGUAGCGGCUGCCAUCUCAACGGAGUGGUCACGCAUCCCAGCGUUUAUGCCGGCGUCGCCUACUUCCGGUCCUGGAUCAGCAGCGCCUGUGGUAAUUGCGUCUAGACGUUUGGACGCUUGUCGCUAUGAGUUUCUUGGCUGAUUGAAUUUCAUAUGAAAACACGUGGAACAUGUAUUCGAUAUUAACCUGUUGAGGCAUAUUUAAAUAAAAUUAUGAAGCAGAAA